AAGACCGGUCAGUGACAAGUACACCAAUCGUAUACCCUCGGCUAUAUGACAUCGAUACGGAAGUCUCCCUGACCGGAGCAGGACUCGGCUGGCCUCCUGAAAAUACCGUGAAAAUUUGGGGCGCAACUUAUCGUCCGUUCACGCCGCUUCCGCGAGGAGCAACAGCUGCAGCACAGCAGGUCGUAAACGAAUCCGUCUCCACUCAACGCCCAGAGUAUCUGUGCCGCCGGUGGACGACACCACGUCAGCGUCUGUGGUCCUAUCCGAAAGAGCAGAACAGGAAAAGCUUUUUUUUUCGCUAUCCCUCGGACGUUCUGUGGGGUACUCGUCUCCGACGGCUCGGAACAAACCAAGAGAGAAUGACGCCCCUGCUCGCCUACUGGAACAUACGCUCCCUGGGACAGCCCGCGCGCAACCUGCUCGUCUACAAGGGCGUCCCGUUCGAGGACAAGCGCUACCAGCACGGGCCGCCGCCCGAAUACAGCCGCGACGAGUGGCUGCGGGAGAAGUUCAGCCUGGGCCUUCCCUUCCCCAACAUACCGUACUACGUGGACGACGACGUCAAGAUCACCCAGAGCGUCGCCAUACUGCGCUACCUGGGAAGGAAGCACGGCCUGGCCGGCAGGAACGACCAAGAGACCACGGAGUUGGAUGUGCUCGAGCAGCAGGCACGUGACAUGCUUCUCGCCAUCCCUUACCAGGCGGCAAACGUGCCUGGCGGCCAAGGAGGCCUCGAGUGGUACGCGGAGAACAUGGGCUACGUGCUCGAACCGUGGGCCACGCACCUGAGCGACAGCAAGUGGGCUCUUGGGGACAGGCUGACCUACGUCGACUUCAUGCUCUACGAAGGGUUCGACUGGCACCGAGAGUUCAAGCCGCAGGCUCUAAACCGAUACCCGCAGAUCGUGGAGUACUUGCAGCGAUUCGAGGAGCUUCCCAACAUCAAGGAGUACUUCGCCUCGGACAAGUACAACAAGUGGCCCAUUCUGGGGCCCAUGCGGCCGUGGGGCAACAGGAAGUGAGACUUACAUAAUGUAGAUGUUGGGGCGCGGGUCCCCAUGGCCGCGGCGCCUUGAGCAUUGCGCUACCUAUUCUAUCUACCGUAACGUCUGUCUCAAUGUUAUCCGCUUUCGUGGCGUCGAGCGAAAAAAAAAAAUAACCCAGCGAAAGAAUAAUGAUUGAAAAGUUUAAAUUCUACGUUAGUGCUGGGAAGAUUAUCCGAUCAACUUGUGGUUCAAAAAACUAUGGGGGAACUUAUGCAAUUCUUAUGAUGUGUAAAUGCGAUAGCAUUACGUAUAGCUGAGUGUGUCGCUGAGUUUAGUGCUACUGCCUUAGCUCCAUAGUUUAACGUUGCUGCUUAUGAGGUCGCUACAAUGCAAGACGACAAACCGGCCAUUUUGCGAUCUCUCAGCUGAGUUAUAAUUACGGAGUUCUCAUUAAAAUAGUGUUUCACGCA